CCCUGCGGUAAUUCCGCCUUCACCGCCGACCAAACACCUCCCUGCCUCGGCUGGCUCUUCCCAAAAACUUUUACAUACUCACCAAGUAGUGCAAGAAAUUUUUUCUUGACGUUUUGUCCGCAGCGCUAAUGGGAGAAAUGGAGCCAAAGAACUUUUCUGAAGUGAUAUCUCAGAUAUUAAAAGAAGCGCCAGCUGCCAGGAAGGGUCUUGUUGAUAACCACAGCAACCUCCUCCGCGUCGCAGAUUACUGCGAGAACAAUUAUCUUCAGGCAGAGGAUGGAACUAAGGCUGUAGAAGAGGCCAAGGGUUUGGCUGCCCAGGCACUGGCCAGUGUGAGUUACCAGAUCAACAGUCUGGCCUCCACCGUGGUGCGGCUGCUGGACUCCCAGGCCAUGCAGAUUUCAGAUAUGGAGUCUUCAAUCAACCUGCUGUCACUGGCUGCAGCUAUCCACCACGAGAAGAUAGCCAGGAGAGAGAUUGGUAAUUUUACUACUCCCAAAAACAGGAUUCGCUCCAAGCUUCUGGCUCCACCGCCUUCAGGCAAAGAGCCGGAGAGGUGCUAUGCAAGAGUGCCAAUAUCAUACGCCAUCUUGGAUCCCAUCGGACACUGUUUUCAGUUCACCGAGUCACAGCCCAGAAAGAGAGCAGACACCACAGAGAGCAUAAAGAGCACAGCAGACUUCUCUGUAUCCAGUCUUGGCAUCGCGGUGCCUCCACCAUCAGUCCCUAGCUUUCAAACCAUCUCCAACCCUGCUGACAACAGCCCACCUCCCCCUCCCCCUCCUGCCAAUGUAGACCCCAAUAUGCCCUCUCCUCCUCCUCCACCAGCACCUCCUUCUUCCUCCAUGGACACCAGCAUCCCCCCUCCUCCUCCUCCGCCUCCUCCCUCCUCCUUAACCUCACCCACAACUUUCCCCUCACCUCCCCCUAUGCCAGCAUACUCUCCGUCAAAUGGCUCCUACCCACCACCUCCUCUAGUUGCAGGAAGUGGAUCCUACCCGCCACCUCCACCUCCUCCAGCAGCAGGAGUUGGCUCCUACCCGCCGCCGCCUCCACCUCCUCCAGCAGCAGGAAGUGGCUCCUACCCGCCACCUCCUCCUCCUCCAGCAGCAGGAAGUGGCUCCUACCCGCCUCCUCCUCCUCCUCCUCCACCUGCACAAACUGGCACCUCUGGUUCUGUACCACCACCUCCUCCACUACCUCCUUUUUAAUAAACAUUAACCUAUGGAAUGAUUCUAUUCUCAUAGUCUUGUUUAACUUGCAUGCAUGCUGGGUUUUGCCAUUAGAUGUGUAAAUCAUUUGCAGCAUGGGAAGUGUUUCCAUGCCUUGUUGUGAGAUCAACGUUAAGCAUGAAUAAAAAGAUUGGAAAAGUGUGUCUAGUGCUUUAACCUUGAGCUGUUUCAUGUGUGUUCAACGGCACAGUGCGAGCCUCAAAUGAUAUUUUCUUCAGGGGCACAAAAAUCCUCCUUCAAAGUGAAACAUUCUGCUGCAGCAGAUACCUCCGACAUGUUUCAACAACACCUUGUGUGCAUUCCUCAACAACAAGCUGAAACAGGGAGUCUCCUGUAAUGUAAUUUCCCUUCCUUAUAUGUCUUUGUGGUGUCUAUCACAAAGUAUCUUAAUCAGUAAGAGUCAAAUAAAGUCAGUGGCCUUCAGCCCAACACUGUCACUCUACUGUGUGGUGAGAGCAGUGUGAAUGAUAAGUUGUUUACGUCACUCGUAACCUCGAUCAGUUCUGCUACUUUAAACAGGUCAAUGAGGCUAUAAAAAUGUCUGUUGCAAGUCAACACUCUACUUAGCCCGCACUACUUGGCUUGUACUUGGAGGAUUCCAAUGUUGUGUGUCGUUAUCGCUCUGUGGAUUUUUUGUUGCCAUCUUGCAAAGAAGCGCAGGGAAGCAGAAGGCUGGCCCCCCAGGCCCACUAACUCUCCAUCUGUCUACGUCAUCCCCAUCUAUGAGGAGGAGCGGGUGGAAGAGGAGGACGAGGAAGUAAUGGACAUAUAUGAACGAUAUUUUCAACCUCCCUACAGAGGCCCUCUCAUGUACUGCUCGAGAAGUGUCAGCCUUCCUCCUCCAUAUAUGCUCGAGCCACCACCCUAUCCAGACCCCCCACCAUCAUACACAGAGCCUCCAGCUUACUCACAGCAGCCCUGAUCCUCCUCUACUUCAAACACCCUCGAGCCUGAACCAACUGUACUCUUUAUUGAUCGCAGGCCUAUGGAAUCAAAUAAGGGUCAAUAGGAUAUUGAAAUGUGAAAAAACAGGUGGUUAUCAGCUUUUGUAAUGCCUGUUUGAUUGUACAUGUGUAGAAAAAAUAAAAUAAUUUUAGCUUUAACCCUUUAUCAGGCAAAUAACUAUAUUUGGUAACUUCAGGUAAUAU